AUCCGUCCCUGUAAAGGAUGAAAACAGGCUCACACAUGGGCGAAAUCAUGUGUGCAUGUUGUGAAAUCUAGUAGCGGAUAUUUUUCAUGAGCCUGUGAGCCCGGCGAGCUAGCUCUAAAUGAACGGCCAGGCGGAUGUUGAGGUUGACUACAAGCGGAAAUACAAAAAUCUGAAGCGAAAAUUAAAAUUUCUUGUUUAUGAGCAGGAAUGUUUCCAGGAGGAGCUGAGGAGAGCACAGAGAAAACUCCUCAAAGUUUCCAGGGACAAGAGCUUCCUUCUGGACAGACUGCUACAGUAUGAGAGAGUAGAUGAAGACUCCUCAGAUUCAGAUGCAACAGUUUCUUCAGAGAAUAGUGAAGGAGAAGGCCCGAGGGAGAGGGAAAGAGAGCGAGAUGGAGCAAAGAAGCGAAGAAGUAGCCCUGGGGUGUGUCUUCCUUCAUCAUCCUCCCCCCAUCUCUCCCUGCUGUCUCGUUCUGGUGUAAAUCCCCUACAGUCAUCUGGCUCUGGACCCUAUCUGAACACUAUGCCCUUCCCACCAGAGUAUUUGGCUCCUCCAGCUGAACGAAUGAAGAAAGAGAGAAAAACAAAGGCGCCUAAAAACAAGAAAGAGACCAUGGGGAAGGUUGUUGCCCCUAUGGCAGCUAAUUACCCAUCAGCCACCUCGGGCACUCCAGCAGCCAGCGGCCCCUUCAGUUGGGUUCCCAGACAGAUGCUUAGUGGAGAUGCAGCUGAAGAGGAGGGUGACAGCGAUCGAGACAGCGACAGGGGAGAUGAAGACCGAGGGGAGGGAGAUGAGGCUGAACUAGUUAUCGACAUCCCAAAUGAGUGAGACGGUGUGUGUGUUUGCUUGUAUUUAUAAGCAGGGGAUGUAUAGGUUGUACUUGUGUGUGUGCAUGUGAGAGUGAAAGACAACACAAGUGUAUUUUCUGGAUUCUGUCGCCCAUUUCACAUCAUCAGAAGGGGAGUCGAGCUCCCCCCUGUGGACUUUUGUUUAAUUGCAGCAUCACUGUAAAAAUAUCUCUCAGAUGAAGGUGGUUUUCUAAUUAUUAUGUUAAGAACGAAAUCAGAGACAAAACUUAAGUUUAUGUUUUUAAGAAAAAUCAACAGCCACUGGGAUGUUUGGAUUUAUUUUUACACAGUUUCAAGAUGCCUGCUCGUUAUUUUUAUCUCUAGGAAAGAGACAAACCGACUACAACUAAGUGUUUCCUGCACAGAAAGUUUGUUUUGCAUUGUGUAACCACAAUUAAAGCUGUUAAGUGUGAUAUACAUAUAUAUGUGUUUCAAAUGUUUGCUUGUUACAUUCUGUUUUGACACUUGUCAUUUGGACUGUGUUAAUGUUCUUUUUAACAAAUUGUCAUAAAUCAGAGCUACUUCAUGUUAAUGGAGACGUUAUUUUUGCACCUAAAUCUUGUGUGUCAGAGAAUAAAAUGUAAAAUGUUGUCAUUUCGGAUGACUAACAGUUUAAAGUUAAA